GUUGCAAUGGCCUUCUACAUAUUUGACAACAGCUCAGACAACAUGUCAGAGGAGUCUGGAGACUUUGAAUUGGACUUUCAGGAGCCAUGCGGCCGAGCACUAGGCAAAAACUUCAAGAAGAUUUUCCUGCCGGCUGUUUUUGGGAUUAUAAUUAUUCUUGGCGUCAUUGGAAAUGGAUUAGUCGUUAUCGUGAUGGGCUACCAGAAAAAGGUGAAAACAAUGACAGACAAGUACCGGCUGCAUCUGUCUGUGGCUGACCUCCUGUUUGUCUUCACACUUCCUUUUUGGGCAGUGGAUGCAGCAAGAAACUGGUACUUUGGAAGUUUUCUUUGUGUGUUUGUGCACAUGAUCUACACUGUCAACCUGUACAGUAGUGUGCUCAUCCUGGCCUUCAUCAGCCUGGACAGAUACUUGGCUGUUGUCAGGGCCACAAACAGCCAAGCCACGAGAAAGCUCCUGGCGAGCAAAAUAAUCUACGUCGGUGUCUGGCUGCCUGCCACGAUCCUUACCGUACCUGACCUGGUGUUUGCCAGAACGCAAGACACAGGUUUGUCAAACUUCUUAUUGUUGAACAAUGAAAGCAUGGAAACGGGCGACUCCAGGAUCAUCUGCCAGCGCAUUUACCCAGAGGAGAGCAGCCUUACGUGGACGGUGGUUUUCCGUUUCCAGCACAUCCUUGUGGGCUUCGUGCUGCCUGGGUUGGUCAUUCUUAUCUGCUACUGCAUUAUUAUCACCAAGCUGUCACAAGGAGCGAAAGGGCAAGCGUUAAAGAAGAAAGCCCUGAAGACCACAGUCAUCCUUAUCCUUUGCUUCUUCUGCUGCUGGCUGCCCUACUGCUUGGGCCUCUUUCUGGACACCUUGAUGAUGCUCGACGUGGUCACGCCUUCGUGUGACCUGGAACAAGCGGUGGAGAAGUGGAUCUCAGUUACUGAAGCUUUAGCUUAUUUCCACUGCUGCCUUAACCCUAUCCUCUAUGCUUUCUUGGGAGUUAAAUUCAAAAAGUCUGCCAAGAGCGCAUUGACUGUGAAUAGCAGAUCGAGUCAGAAAGCAUCUCUCAUGACAAAAAAGCGCGGGCAGAUUUCAUCAGUGUCGACUGAGUCAGAGUCAUCGAGUGUUUUGUCAAGUUAA